GGUCAUUUCAGCCUUCACCACCCCUCUCUCUCUCCCUCUCUCUCUCUAUUCUCUGUCUACGUCUCUCUCUCUCGCGCGCUGCUGAUCAGCGCCUGCUGCUGCUGCUGCUGCUGCUGUCUCUCACGUUCCUGCUUCUUUCUCAGUGUACGCUUGAAACUCCACACAGAGAGAAACUAGCCUGCAGCCUGCAGCCACACAACACACACAAACUCGGGUUUAUUCCAACUUAACCGCACAGUUGUGUGAGCGAUUAUUGUGCUUUGUUAGUCGACUGACUGUGAGUCACACACACACACAGAGAGAGAGAGAGAGCAGGCGGUCGGUCGGUCGGAACUUGAAAUAUGACGAUAAGCAAAAUGGGAGGAAAGUCGUUGCUAGCUUGCUGAAGUUGGAGGUUUCUCCUUGUGGAAGAGGAAGAGGUGGCGGCGGACACCACGAGUUCACUCACAAUCAAAAGGAGUGAGCCCAGCCUUCCAACAUUCCUCCUCCUCCCUUUUCAUUGGGCUAAGAUGAGUAUUACCAGUGACGAAGUGAACUUCUUGGUCUACAGAUACCUCCAAGAAUCAGGUUUCUCCCACUCAGCAUUCACCUUUGGCAUCGAGAGCCACAUCAGCCAGUCGAACAUCAAUGGAACACUAGUGCCCCCUGCAGCCCUCAUCUCCAUCCUGCAGAAAGGGCUCCAGUAUGUGGAGGCAGAAAUCAGCAUCAAUGAGGACGGCACGGUCUUCGACGGUCGGCCGAUCGAGUCGCUGUCGCUCAUUGACGCGGUGAUGCCAGACGUGGUGCAGACGCGGCAGCAGGCCUUCCGCGACAAGUUGGCCCAGCAGCAGGCGGCCUGUGCCAUGGCGGCUUCGACUUCUGGAAACCAGUCCAUCGCACCAAAGAACGGAGAAGCCACUGUCAACGGGGAGGAGAACGGCACUCACAAUAUGAUGUUCUCAGAUAACCACAGCGAGCCCAUGGAGAUGGAUGUAGAUGUGGAGAUACCAGCCAGUAAAGCCACGGUGCUGCGAGGCCACGAGUCUGAAGUGUUCAUCUGUGCCUGGAACCCUGUCAGCGAUCUGCUGGCCUCGGGCUCGGGGGAUUCCACCGCCAGGAUCUGGAACCUGAACGAGAAUAACAACUCCAACUCCACCCAGCUGGUGCUGCGCCACUGUAUCCGAGAAGGUGGCCAGGACGUCCCCAGCAACAAAGACGUCACCUCGCUAGACUGGAAUAGCGACGGCACUCUCCUGGCAACGGGCUCGUACGACGGAUUUGCAAGGAUAUGGACGAAGGAUGGAAAUCUGGCAAGCACCUUGGGACAGCACAAAGGGCCCAUAUUUGCACUCAAGUGGAACAAGAAGGGGAACUCUAUUCUCAGCGCUGGUGUAGAUAAGACGACAAUCAUUUGGGACGCACACACAGGAGAAGCCAAGCAGCAGUUCCCUUUCCACUCAGCCCCAGCACUGGAUGUCGACUGGCAGAACAACACCACCUUUGCCUCCUGCAGCACAGACAUGUGCAUCCACGUAUGUCGCCUUGGCAGCGACCGGCCCCUCAAGACCUUCCAGGGCCACACGAAUGAAGUUAACGCCAUUAAGUGGGAUCCAUCGGGUAUGCUGCUUGCCUCCUGCUCAGAUGACAUGACCUUAAAGAUUUGGAGUAUGAAGCAGGAGUCCUGCGUCCACGACCUCCAGGCUCACAGUAAAGAGAUCUACACUAUCAAGUGGAGCCCCACGGGGCCCGGCACGGGCAACCCCAACUCCAACAUCAUGCUCGCCAGCGCCUCUUUCGACUCGACAGUACGACUGUGGGAUGUCGAGCGAGGGGUCUGUAUCCACACGCUGACCAAGCACCAGGAACCCGUCUACAGCGUGGCCUUCAGCCCCGACGGCAGUCACCUGGCUAGUGGCUCCUUCGACAAGUGCGUUCACAUUUGGAACACCAUGACUGGAGCCUUGGUGCACAGCUUCCGGGGUACUGGUGGUAUCUUCGAGGUGUGCUGGAACAGCACUGGGGACAAAGUUGGUGCCAGCGCGUCAGACGGCUCAGUAUGUGUUCUUGAUCUCCGAAAAUAGCCGACUUGAGACUUUGAUGAUGAAUCCUGGAAUGUGCGGGCGAAUUGCCUUCUUCUGACAUCAGCAAACACACUCUCAUUGCUCAAGAAGAGCUGUAAGGUGGAGCGAAACAAAACCCCCCUCACAAGGAGUAAAACCAGAUGACUGCAGCAGCCUCCGAGGAGCCAACACCAACUGACUUCAGUGCACCUUACAGUUUGUUGAUGCGUGUUUUAACGACACGCCUAUUGGAAACAUAAUGGAAGCCAGUUAAAGAGAUCCCCAAGACUGGACUGAAUCCAACAUCCCUGGGUGCAUCCGUGUUUUUAAAAGGUUUUCUAAUGAGAAAGUGCUGCGAUCCCUCCGGGCCGACUGGUCCAGCUGUUAUCGGGUUGUAAGGGUGGAAACACAAAGAUGAGUUUUAUAUAAAGAGAAAAAGUGUUAAUGAGACACGUGUUUGGCUGUGAAAGGCAACAAAUUAUGAAAGAAAAAGGUUGUGGUUUUUAAGAAUUCCUCUGAGCAAAUGUUACCUCAUGUCCAGAAUGAACUAACUGUGGACGUGAUAACAGUAACAUCGAUACUGAAGCACCGGCGUUGUCCGUUGACAGGGUGCUUAACUUCUUCCCAGUGGAGAAUAGUUUGUUUCAAGAGUACUUCUUGCUUUUUUUUUUUCCCACAGAUGGACUUUUGAAAGUCAAAAAUUGAAUGUGCCGCUGCAAGGUAGUUCUUAGCUCACGUUUAACAUCAUGUCGACAAAAGGAAAAACCUGCCAAGAAACAGUCCCAAUCUCCUAAAAUGACCUGCUCCAUUCACUCGAGAUUAGAAAAAUGUCAUUUUGUGGACAAGAUGUGAAAAGUGUGGUUUACAAAGAGAAUUUUCUCCCUUUUUUGGAUGUAAAUUUCAGAAUGUAAAGAUAUGUAAAUUAGAUUAAUACACAGACUUAUAUACUGUGUAUAUAUGUUUAUAUACAGUACACUUUAUUGCCAUCCUGUAGGGGCUCAUUAACGGCUAGAGCCGUCACAUCUUUGCUGAUAAUACGUGACGAGACCUCUUUUUAAAACGAAGUGCAUGUGUCAUCAGCUUCUUUUAAUAGUCUUUUUUUCAACUGGGCCGAUCACAUCCAACGACUUGUUUUGUUUUUCAGUGAGUCACAAAUGGCUUUGACACAGAUGUGUUGAGCAGCUUUUUUGCUUUUCCACUAUUGAUCCCUGUAAAGCCGCGGAAGAAACGCGCGCCUCAUUACCGGCAUUCAGGGAAUUAUCUGGUCAACAAUAUGGGAGAGAACAGUCAUCACAGUCUUCUGCUCGGUUUCUGCUUUAACUUGGUAUUGUGUGUGGAACGGGACAGAAUCAAUGUUAAGAGUUACCAUUGCAGACCUGAGCGGGAAAACAACUACAGCUUGAUUAUGGUUUCUCUUGGCACUUUUCCUCACAAACAAUCUACUGAAAAAUUCAGAGCACAUUUUGACCAGAAGGUGGAGGUCAAGCAAAAGUCCUGCUGUUGCUUCAAAAGAAAAAAAAAAAAAAAGAUUGGUCUUGUCAAGUCCCACCGAAUACUGCCGGCUGAUCAGAUUUGAAAUGUUGUGGUUAAGUGUGGCUCCAUCUGCUUCUUUCAUGAAAGAGACAUCUUCAAACUAACUUGCCACCACUUUUGAUUUGCCUUUUGUUUCCGGUCCUUUUCCCCUUUCAGUCAAUGUCUGCUCGAGCAAUGUGAAGUGCACUUUUUGUAAUGGGUGGAUACAGCAAAUGUUCCGAUUUUGCUGAAAGUUGAAGGGCCAAUGUUUUAUUUUUUCUCUUUUUUGUUUAAUGUCACAAUUGGAUGUUAAUGGGUGGUUCAUUGUUUUCUGACUUUUUUUUUUUUUUCCAUUUGCUGAGAGCCAUUAUUGUCUGUGUCAGACUGAGAAUUGGGCUGUGGGGUUGGUGGCCAUUCUUGGCGUGCUAAAGGAGCCCGGUAUGGAAUAAGUGCUGUGACGGCUACUAUAUCUCUCUCUCGCGCCCUGGUCCAGGGUGCGAUCACCUGUUUCCAAGACAAAACGUUGAAGUCAUUCAGUGUCUCAAAUAAAUCACUCUAUUUUGAUAUCAGAAA